CCAUUUCGUCCGCUUUGGCGUAGGGCUUUGGGUACGCGGUUUGUGACUUGUGUUCCCUCUAACUGCGCCGCCACAAUGAGUGAGACCGCUAUUUCAUUCGCCAAGGACUUCUUGGCUGGCGGUAUCGCAGCUGCCAUUUCCAAGACAGCUGUUGCACCCAUUGAGAGAGUCAAGCUGCUUCUUCAGGUCCAACAUGCCAGCAAACAGAUCACUGCUGAUAUGCAGUACAAGGGCAUUGUAGACUGUGUGGUCAGGAUCCCAAAGGAGCAGGGCUUUCUGUCCUUCUGGAGAGGGAACCUGGCUAAUGUCAUCAGGUACUUCCCCACCCAGGCCCUCAACUUUGCCUUCAAGGACAAGUACAAGAAGGUCUUCCUGGAUGGUGUCGACAAGCACACCCAGUUCUGGCGAUACUUCGCUGGUAACCUGGCCUCCGGGGGUGCUGCUGGAGCCACCUCCCUGUGUUUUGUGUACCCCCUCGACUUUGCCCGAACCCGUCUUGCUGCUGAUGUGGGCAAGGCUGGCACUGAGCGGGAGUUCACAGGCCUGGGCAACUGCCUGGGGAAGAUCUUCAAGUCGGAUGGCCUUAAGGGCCUGUACCAAGGCUUCAAUGUGUCUGUGCAGGGAAUCAUCAUCUACAGAGCUGCUUACUUUGGUGUCUACGACACUGCUAAAGGUAUGCUGCCGGACCCUAAGAACACCCACAUUGUGGUCAGCUGGAUGAUCGCUCAGAGUGUGACGGCUGUUGCCGGUCUUACGUCCUACCCCUUCGACACUGUCCGUCGGCGCAUGAUGAUGCAGUCCGGCCGUAAAGGAGCUGACAUCAUGUACAGUGGCACAAUUGACUGCUGGAGGAAGAUUGCUCGUGAUGAGGGUGGCAAGGCCUUCUUCAAGGGAGCCUGGUCCAAUGUUCUCCGAGGCAUGGGCGGAGCCUUCGUCUUGGUCCUGUAUGAUGAGCUGAAGAAAGUCAUCUAAGUUUAAAAGAAAAUAUAUUUUUUAAAUGCCGGAUGUUAAUGUAAAACAGUAAAUGUAACAUAUCUUGUACAUUUGGAAGGACUGUCAUGUUCUGCCUUAUUUAUAGUGAACGACUGGUACAAUUACUAGUUGGGGGAAUAAAUUGUGCUUUCUCUACCACCCUUCCCCAUACACCCACCACCCCAACAACGUCAUUCCCAAAAUAAAGUGAAUCGGGGACUCCCGACCUCUGCCUGUCACCAGCCAGUUUUUACCCCUCUGUUUAAUAAAGCGCAACCUACUGACUUAUA